AAAAGGCGAGAGGAAAGACAGGGAAGGAGGAGGUCUGCGUAAACUCCACCUCCGCUCUCGGAUCCUCUCGCAUUCCUUAUUCACGGCCUCUCACGUUGAGGAUAGAGAGAGAAAGGGGAGAAACAAGACGGCCACACGAAGAAGAAGAAGGAGAAGAAGAGGUAGUGGAGCUGCAAAACGACCAUGGCAAUAUCCACAACGUCUCAGCCUGAGAUAGUGUCCGAUCACAGCGCGCGUCUCCGAGCGUCGACCGUGGCACCGGACAUGCAGUCGCACAAUAGACAGAGUCCAGAUGAAUGAGGAGCUACCUGGGCCGUGGACAAAAUGAGGGUCAUCUUCAUCCAAAACGCCGGUUUUGUCGCAGCUUUCUCGCCUUUUAGACGUGAGUCGGUGAUGUUGGCAGCAGUUCGGACGAUAGAUAAUGUGAACGAGCAGGAAUUAACCACAGCUAGAUCAUAUCAUCCAACUGAGGAGUGAGAUCAGUACGGCUUUAAAAAAAAAUCAUAAUUUUCGGCUCUUUUCUAUUUUAUUGUGACAGAGCUUGCACAUACAUUAUAGUCAGUGUAUCACCUUUGAAUUGAAAGUGGAUUCAGUUUCCGGCUGCUGUCGAAAUCUGAAUACAUAUUUUAUUAGGCUACAUUAUUGGCACUAGAUUUAAUUAUAGCCAGUAAUAUUAAGUUAUAUCAUGUCAUAAUAAGUCGAUAUAACGUCAGUUUACCUUUUUCCUGCUUAAUCCAUUAAUAGACUGAUUAUAUAGCGAUAAUAACAUGAAUAGGUAGGAGAAGGAUUCAUUCACUCUGCUCAAAGCCAAGUGAUCAUUUAAGACAAUCUGGAAAUGUUAAUUUCCAUAUAUAAUAUGAUUAGUAGGCUACGUGAUAUUCCUUGUAAUUUAUUUAUUUAUUAUUACUAUUAUUAGGCCUAUAAGUAUUAUAUUAUCAUUAGUAGUAGUAGUUUGAAAUAUUUAACAGUGGGAAGUUUGUUUAAGCACUUCCCUAGUGAGAUGGAACCCGCUUAUUUAUCGCCCCACCGGAGGGCACCACGUCCAGAAGCCCAGAAAGGACAGACCUCAGCGGUCAAACCCGCCGGGGGAGACCGCUCCCCUCCGCCUCCAGCUCCACCUCUACCUGCCGGCAACUCACCUGAGGAGACACCGGCAAGCAGUGAUGGAAGGAGAAACUCUGGCGUGAAGAAACACCACCACAAGCACAACCUCAAACACCGCUACGAGCUGCUGGAGACGCUGGGAAGAGGCACCUACGGCAAAGUAAAGAAGGCCAUCGAGCGGCACUCCGGCAGAGAGGUCGCCAUCAAGUCAAUUCGGAAGGAGAAGAUCAAGGAUGAACAAGACAUGGUUCACAUCCGCAGAGAGAUUGAAAUCAUGUCAUCACUCCGCCACCCACACAUUAUCUCUAUUUAUGAAGUGUUUGAGAACAAGGACAAGAUCGUGAUUGUGAUGGAAUACGCCAGCAAAGGCGAGUUGUAUGACUACAUCAGUGAGCGCCGGCGCCUAAGUGAGCGAGAGACGCGACACUUCUUCAGACAGAUAGUCUCUGCUGUGCACCACUGCCAUAAGAAUGGAGUGGUGCACAGGGAUCUGAAACUGGAAAAUGUGCUACUGGAUGAAAACUGUAAUAUAAAGAUUGCUGACUUUGGGCUGUCCAACCUCUACCAUAAGGACAAGUUACUGCAAACCUUCUGUGGCAGCCCGCUCUAUGCUUCACCAGAGAUUGUCAAUGGGAGACCUUACCGUGGCCCAGAGGUUGACAGCUGGGCUCUUGGGGUGCUGCUGUAUACUCUAGUGUAUGGAACCAUGCCAUUUGAUGGGGGAGACCACAAGAACCUCAUACGGCAGAUUAGCAACGGCGAGUACAAAGAGCCCACUCAGUCGUCAGAUGCCCGUGGACUGAUCCGCUGGAUGUUGAUGGUGAACCCAGAGCGCCGUGCCACAGUGGAGGACAUAGCCAAUCACUGGUGGGUAAACUGGGGAUGGAAGAACAGUGUGUGUGACUGCGAGACCCAACGUGACCAUGGAGGUUCACCCAUGCUGGCCCGCUUCAUCGACUGGCAGAACCGCACUGAGCCACGUGGUUCUGGAGCCAAACCUGCAGCUAUGCCCCAGCUCCUGCGCCAGAGACCUAAAAAAUCCAAGAAAGAAAAUGUUGAGGCAGGACAGUCCCAUUCUGGAGCAGAGGACAAACCAGGUCUGAAAAGACCAAAGGGCAUCCUGAAGACCAGGGUUACUGAGGAGCAGCAGUCUGCCAGUCUGGAAGAAGUGGAACUUGGGCAGGCAGCACUACCACAACCGCCUGAAGGGGUGGAGGAAGCCUCGAGCCCAGAUCGAGAUGAAGAGGAGCCAACACUGGGAGGAGGCUCACCAGCUAAGAUGGUGCCCUCUAUGCCAAAGAAAGGCAUCUUGAAGAACAACCAGCAGCGGGAAUCAGGGUACUACUCCUCCCCAGAACGCAGUGAGUCCUCUGAGCUCUUAGGAGGUGCCAGUAUGUCUCUACUAGCUACGUCCCCACCUAAGAGAGUGAUGGGCAGAAAAGGCAUCUUGAAGCGAAAUGGCAAGUACUCCACCUACAGCGGCCCUCCAUCAGCAGCAGCAGUAGUUGGAGUCCUCGGUGAACCUCCUCCCUCAGCAGAUUCUGGUCUGUCCCGCAGUCAGAGUCGUCCUUCCAGCAUCGUUGGGGAGGACAGCUCUGUCCUGUCUCUGUCACCCAGCUCACUCAGUGGGGCGGAGUGGCAUCCCUCCACAUCCCACCUCCGCCCAAACAUCAGGGCCUGUGUCUCAGCUGAAAACCUGCUGCAGCUCGCCAACUUCAAGGGCUUCCAGGCAGCCCCACCGCUCCAGGGACCCAAGUUCAGCCGCAGUGCCAAAAUGAAAGGCUCCCCAGGGGACAAUGGCAGCUUCUCCUUGCUGGGGGACCUGGAGGACAUGACUCAGGUGUACCAGCAAGCCCUGGACAUCAGCAGCAACCUCACAUAAAAGACGGGUGGCAGAAAUAGGAGAAGCAGAGGGAAUACAUGUGUGUGUAUGUGUGUGUGUGAACAUGUGUGUGUGUGCAGAUGUAUAUGGGAGGCAUUAACGACCAGUGUGUUACUGGGAUACACCUUUUGGGAAGCUGUGAUUUUCCAAAUGGGGCUGAAAUCUUGAUGGAAAUGAUAUAUGUGUACGUGCACACACAUAUGAACACACUUAAGAGGAGAGAGGAGCUGGCACAAGAAAAUGCCACCCAGUCUACUUUCUUGGCCCACCCAUAGACUUUGCUGUGUUCAACAUGUUUACAUAUUCAGCAAGAAGGCAAGUUAGAAUCACAAACGCAGCAACCAGAAACUGGUUGGCUCUCCUAGUGCACCACCUAUUCUGAGUUUGAGUUUACAAAAGCACCUUAAAACUCACACAGAGCACAUGCUUUUGUGAUCUUUACUUCCUUUAAAAAAAGAAACAAACCAGGGUCUUGUUCCAAAAAUAACUGACAUUGCUGAUUAUUUAUUAAUAUUUUCGUAGCUUUUAGAUUUAGGUGCAGAACUGGUGGGCACUGGCUGUUACUGGAAGAGUCCAAAGCUGGAACUGACAUAUAUAAUUAUUUUACUCAGUGAUGAGAAACAUAUACUGUAUAUACUCAGCCUAUAUAGUUAUGCCUGCACAUGUAAAACAUGCAGGCAGUUCUAUCUUCAUAAAAGUGUAUGUCCUAUAUAUGUAUAUGAUACUAAGGAAUAUGUAGGAAGUGCCUUUUUUGAUUCAUAACAAAAAAUUAUGUAUGUCAUUUCCGUAAAGUGGAGGGAAAAGCCAGGCCACCCUGUCGCCAGUUGUGCUGUUAUUAUUUUUUUUUUUUUUGAUUAUUUUUAUUUUUUUUGUGAAUGUGGAGAGACCCAGGGCCUUCAGUGCACAGCUGACAAGCUUUACUCUUUGGGGUUCAGAGGUCAGUCUGAGACAGCUGAGAUCAAACAGUCUUUUCUCCUUCCCUGUUCCCUCACACAGAGAUAUGCAGGGACAGACCUCCGCUGUGUUCUUUGUCAAUGCUUAAGUCCAUAGUUUAGUUUGUCAGCAGUUUAGGUGGCUUGGUUGAACACAGAUUUUCUGUCAACAGCAGAGGUCUGGAGGGGCUCACCUAGUGGGACAUUUAGUACAGGGAGAUGGCGCAGACACCAUCUCACAGUCCUGGAAUGUGUCUGGCUCUCUUAACCUUAGUCGUUUAACAUUUUCGAGGCUACCUGAUAAAGUGGGCUGUAACCUGAGAGGUUUCCUUUUUUUAAAUUUUUUUUUAUUUUUUAAUUUUUUUUUUAUCUUUUUCACCAAAGACAUGUCAGGUGGCAUUAAUAUUUUACCCAAAGCUCUUGAAAAGAGCUAAGUAAGGUGGUUUGUGUAAGCCUGCUGAUGACACAGCAAAUUCCACAGACAAAGGCUGGAGACGUGUUGGUGCUAGAGAUCUGUAUCAGCACAGCUCCAGUUCAGUGCAGGUGGGAUCUGUGGUCCAUGCUCAGCCCUCCAGCUGUGUAUACUAGUCCAUUAUUUCAACCAAGCACAAUUAGCCAGCUAUUGUUUUCAUUAGAGAGUGAGAGAGAAGCAGUGCAUAGCAGUUUACAGCUAGAAGGGAAACUGUAUAAAAGAGUGAUGCAUGGAAUGGUGCUAAGAUUAGAAAGGACUUUCCUGUGAAACACAUGAAAGAUCGCAAAGUUUGAUAGGUUUGAAGGAACUGUAACGUAGUAUAGUGAAAGUGAAGAAAGUGAGUAGAAAGAGUAGAUGGGAAGUUUUUUUUGAUACCAAAGAUGUGAUGAAGGUGAAGCUUUGACAUAAUUCUGGGGAAAGGGUAGAUCAGUGACUAAUGUUAGUCUUAUAGAGUUUGUGUGACUAGGGAAUCCCCAUCGGUGAAUGAAAUCAUCCUUAUGUUGACUGUACCUCAUAUUUGUUUUACUUUUCUUUUUCAUUUUGAGUUUUUCUUUUAGAUGCCAGAGGCUGUUGAUACAGCUUGUCUUGAGGGGUCAGUGUGACCGGUGUUCUGUAUGUAACACUUCUCAUCAGCAGUGAAAAAUGGGAGAACAAUGACUGACAUCAUCUAAAAUAUCAAGUGAUGUGCAUGGAAAGUUACGCAGUUAGACGACCCCAAGGAAAUAGAUCACAUGUUGAAUGUUUUCAAUCUGCUUGUGUGAAGGAAAGGCCCUGGGUACUGAUUCAAAUGAAAGACCCGUUGCGUAUUAUAUUGCAUUUUAUUGCCUUUUGUAUUGCAUUUUAUUGUCAACUGGAUUUACAGUGAGAAAAUUAUACUAUGUUAGUAUUUUGUUUUAUUAUGCUUCUGUUUUUGAUUUUCCAAAAUAUAAGAAACUUAUUGCUUUAUGUUAUGGCAGAAAAAUACUUCCUUCCUUGAAGUAUUCAGAUUAGUCUCAGACAAAAUGAUGUGAAAUUGGAGAAUUCUCAUUUUCCCCUGUUUUGAUGCAUUUGUGGGUCAGAGACAAUUUCAACAUCCUAAACAUCGAUAACCAAGUGCUGAAAAGGAAAAAAACAUACAUAACAGCAAAUAUUUAGUAAUAUCAUUAACUGACCUUGCAUAAAUUGUAUUUCCACCUCUACCAAAGCAGGGGAGCUCCAAAAUACUGGAACAACAUCUGGAGAAAAGGAAAUAAAGCAAUGGAAAGAAUCUGGUGAUGAAACUUUAACUCUGCCAAACUGGAAAUAACUGGUGCAUAUCUGUUAGUUAGCAGAAAGCCUAAUCAUAGGAAAACUUGACUGGAUAUUGUUAUGACAAUAAUAAAUUAGUAUUAUUAUGUUAUUUAAGUAUUAUUUUCGUUAAGGCUCAUUAUUAUUGUUGGCUAUUGCCACAGUUUUGGUUUUAGUUUUUGUCUCUGAUUCUGGACUGCCAAGGUAGAUUAAGUUUUGUGCCUUUGGUAUCUAUUAUGAUUUUUUUUUUUUUUUUGGAUAAUGAAAGUUAUUAUCAAUGUGUUUUUAUACUUGUAUUUAUUGGUGAUCAAGCCAUUUAAAUUGUCAAAGAACUCAAUGUUCACGCUUGGCCUGCUUUUGACUGUAUGAUGUGUUCAGGACAAACUGCACACCAAAAUAUUGUUUGCUCAAAAAAAAAGAGUGGUAUCAUCUCAUUGUAAGGGCAGUGGUCAAGUGUGUUUUUUUAAGAGUAACAAAUCAACAAGAUUUCCAAAAAUCCUGUAAAAUGUCUUAAUUCAUCCAUUUGGGUAUAUUUCUACUCAACACAAUGCCUCUGUUGUACUGUAUCAGCUCAAAUAAAUGGAUUUUGAAAGAUAA